AUGCAGAAUAUUUCGCUUGAUCCUGACCAAGAAGAGUUUUACCAAGGUUACCCUGUUCUUGCCUCUUACAUAAAGGAGCGUAAAACCUGUUCAUUCUAUGAAUUCUUAAAGCUUCACCGUGAUAAUAUUGUGAAUUCACCACCUCUUUCGGAUGAUUGUGAAGGCCUCGAAACUGCCAAAAAGGGAGCUCUAGUUGGUGGUUGGUCAAUCAAGAGUGUUCGGUUGUCGUGUCGACCCAAGUAA